AUGAACAACGCCCAAUCCACAAAGGCAAAGCAAACUACUGUCGACAUGGAAACUCUUGAUGGUCUAUGUCACAUUCACAUCCUGCACGGAUAUCGGGUUUGUUACCCGAUCUUCUGGGAUAUUGCCCGGGACUCAUUCAACGACCUGGAUAAGAUCUUGGGUCUUAAGGAAGCCAUUGAUAAACUUCUAGACUUUGACUUCGAAGCAGAGUCUUCGAACGGAUGGUCCAUUGAGCAGAAGAUCUGGGGAGUCCGCGUUGCAAUCGACAUCCUCGAGGACAUUCUUGACUCCCCUGAUGUCGCCGAGGCCUUCCGUCUCGGAAAGGAGAAUGCAGAGGACUGGGUUGAGCAUGCCCAUCUCUUAAAGCCUGGUAUGAAUGUCUCCCCCUACAUGUCCGCUAUGCAGGAUCCCUUGCUUCGGCGGGAGGUACUGGCCAGAUGGAUUCCCCACUGUGAAUUCAAAAUGCCCGCGGUACCUGAACAUCUACUGAGGUUUCUUCAUACGUCAGAGGGAUCCGCGCCGGUCGAGGAGCCUGAGAAGAAGGAGAAAAAUUUCAAGGGAAUUCCGAUAGGACCUGUUGACGAGAUGGCGGAUUUGCUGUGCAAGGUCAAGAUUGAUUGA